AUGAAUAUAAUAAAUUACUUAUACCAGAAAAGCAAAAAUAUAUAUAAUAGAAAUACAAAUUUAUAUAAUUAUAAUAAUAUAGAAAAUGAAAAUCUCAUAAGUAAUUUUGUGGACGUAACAAAUAACAGUAACCUUUGUUACUCCAAGGAAUCAUCUUCACAAAGUUCCAUAUUUAUGAAUAAAAGUGAUCACAUAUAUAGGAAUAAAAAGAAUAAAAAAAAGAAAAAAAUAAUAAAGAAGGAUCAAAGUAUUAUUGAAAAUGAUAGUAUGAGUAAUAAUAGUAGUACUAAUUACUAUGGUGAUUUUUAUAAUAAUAAUAUGAAUAAUUAUAAGGAUGUGAUAAAAAAAAAGAAAUAUUAUAAAGGAGAUGAGACAUUUGUAUGUUAUAAUAUAAAUAAAAAAGAAAAAAAUAAAAUGAAUAUUAAUGAGAAUAAAAAAUUCAAAGGAAAAUAUUAUAAUGAUAAUAUAAAUGUGAAUAUAAAUAAAUAUGAUAUAAAAUCAAAAUAUGAGGAUAAAAAUAAAUGUAAUAAUAAUAUAAAGAAUAAUUUGAAUUUUACUAAAAGUACAAGUAAUAAUAAUAAGAUUAAUGAUAAUGAUUUGAUAAAGAAAAAUGUAUAUGAAUUUAAUAUUGAUAAUAUUGGAUUCGAUUCAAAAGUUUAUAAAAAUAGAUGUGAUGGUGUAUGUGUAUUAAAUGAUAAUAUAUAUAUUUUUGAUAAAAUAAAAAAAUGUAUAUAUUUGUAUACACCAUAUAAUAAUGUAUGGUAUAUCUUUUUAAAUAUAUAUGAAGAAAUGUCUCUAAGAAAAAAUACACUUUUGUCUUUAUGUAGUAGUGAUAUUAAAAAUGAUAUUAAUGUAAAUAUAAAUAAAUCAUAUUAUAAAUAUCAUAAUAAUAUUUCAUUUAUUAAUUAUACCGACAUGGUCUACUUAAACAAUUCUUUAUUUAUUAUAAGUAGUAAUGCACAUUUUAUGAAUAUUUGUAAAAUUAAUGUACAUAAUAUGAAUACACUUUUUUCAACUAUAGUCGUAGAUACAUUUAAUGAUGAAAUAAAUAAUUUCCAAUCCUUUUUUAAUUUAAUUAAAAGGAAGAGUAAUCUCAAAUGUGAUAGGAAAAUAGUAAAUAACAAAAAAGAUACGAAAAAGGAAAACAAAGAAUGGGAUAUAUUUGAUGAUAAAUAUAUAUAUAAAUGUGAUGAUGAUAAUCAUAGUGAUGAUAAUAGUGAUGGUCAUAGUGGUGUUCAUUCUAUUCAUAAUAAUAAUAAAAAGAAAUAUAAGUACAAAAAUAACAGCCUUGAUAAAUAUUCAAGUAAUUGUUUUCCUUUAGAUAAUCGUAGAAAUAUAUCAAGCGAUAGUUUAUAUGACGAUUAUAAGAACAUACAAAAUGAUUUAUCUUGUGAUAACCAUGUUGUGUCAAAUAAUUUUUAUAACCAAAUUGAGUGCAACAAUAGUAAGGUAUCAAGAAAAGAAUCAAGGGAUUUACAAGAAAGUAUAAAAGAUAUACAUCAGAACGAAAACAUAGGGGGUAACCAAUUUUAUUUUAAUAGUAAAAAUGAAUAUUAUAAUAAUUAUGUAGAAUAUGUCAAUGGUAUGUCCGAAAUUUAUGAGUUUUUACAAAAUGAAAAAAAUAAUUUUUUCAAAAAAAAGAAACGAAUUAUAAAAGCUCGAGAUUAUUUUUCAAUUUGUAGUGUUCAUGAAGAUUGUUAUUCAUUAAUUUACUUAUUUGGAGGUAAAGGAAAUACAAUUAAAAACAACGACGAAUAUGUAGAUGUUAUUUAUAAUGAUUUAUAUUUAUAUGAUUUUUAUAAUAACAAAUGGAUAGAAUUAUAUCCAUAUAGCGAAAAUGAGAAAAACAAAAAUAUUAAUUUUGAACAAAUUAAUGAAAAUAGUUUGGUUGAUGAUAUACAUAUCAAAAAAAGAAAUGAUAAUUUCUUAUUAGAUAUAGAAAAAAAUGUAAAUACAUGUAAUGAAAAAAAAUCAUAUUCUGAUGAUAUAUGUGAUGACAUUUUUGAUGAACAAAAGAAUUAUGAUAAUAACUUUUCAUUAUUCUCAUGUAAUAAUACUGUGCCCAAGAAUUUGGAACAAAAUAAUGAUCCUUCAAAUGUGUCUAAUAAAUCUUUAGGAAAAAAUACAUAUGAGCAAAUUACCACAACUAUAGGAACUAUUGGAACAAUUAGUAGUACAAAUUUGGGGAAUGAUAUUUUUGAAACUUUAGGUGAAGGGACAGAAUUUAGAGAAUCUUUUGAUAAUGUAAUUUGUUCUUCUUCUACAACAAAUAUGAAAAAUAGUAAACAGAAAAAGGAUAUUAAUUAUAAGAUGAGUCAAAAUAUUGUUAGUUUGUUGAAUAAUUCUGUUAAUACUAAAGAUGAUAAUGAGAAUAAUAAUAAUAAUGAUGAUAAUAUUAUUAAUAGAAAUAAUAUUAAUGAUUAUCGUAGUGACGAUAUGUGUAACCUCAUUUCUGACUCAUCAGAUAUAUUAGAUUUUAAACAUAUAAAUAAUGACAAAUGUGAGAAAAAUGGUAUGAAUAUGUAUCCAGAUGAUACAUAUAAUAUGAAUCAUAAUAAAAUUAAUAUUUUAACAAAUGAAGAAACAAAUAUAUAUCAUGAAAGGAAUGAUUUUCUUUGUUUUAAUUGUUUAAAUAAUAAAAAGUGCACAUAUAUUUGUGAUAUAAUAAAAAAUGAUAUAAAAAUAAAACGUGUACAAUGGUUAGGUAAAAGAGCUGGACAUUCGUGUGUAUAUUAUAAAAGCAAUUUAUAUUUUUUUGGGGGUAUAGAUUUUUAUAGCUUUAACAGUAAUAAAAUCAAUUUAAAUUUUUGUAAUAAUUUAUUUAUAUAUAAUAUAGAAACGAAUAAAUGUUUUGAAAUUAUUGGAAAAGGAGAAAUACCUGAAAAGAGAUAUAGACAUAGUUGUGUUUUAAUUAAUGAUUAUAUGUUUAUAAUAGGUGGCGAAUGUAAAAAUUCCUCCUUACCAAAAUAUGAUAUUUAUUUUUAUGAUUUUUCAAAUUCAGUAUGGACCGAAAUUGUUAUAAAUUCCAAAAUUGGUUCAAACUCAUUAUAUAAAACCGUAUGGUUAGAAAAUUUUGGAUCCAUUUAUUUUUUUGGAUCAUCUAUAAUAAGGUUAACUAAAAAGGAUUUCCAGUAUUUACCAUAUAAUAAAAAUAAGAAAAAACAAGAAAACAUUCAUACGAAUAAAAAGGAUUAUAGUGCUAAAAAUUAUUUUUUAAGUAAAUCAACAUUUGUUAAUAAAACGAAUCGGUUCCAAUAA